AUGGUCUCGGGCUUCAAAGAGAAACUCCUGCGCGUAAAGGACUUUGCUCAAUCAAUUCUAGGUCGCAGCUCCUCUGUCCGAGAAGCGAUCGAGAGGGACGAUCCUACAUCCUCUAACAACACGAAUGUCGGUACCUCGGACGCGACGCCAGCCCGAAUCAUGACCGAGUCGGCCAAAGAUGCCACCGAGACGUCUUCUCAACAUAGCCUGAAGCGCACGAGUCUCCAUGAUGAAAAUGAGGCCGGUGAGUGGCAAGUUGUCACGCGGCCAAGCAAAAAGGCCAAAAAAACCCCGCGGCCAGGGAAAAGUUACCCGGCUCUCAACUUCUCCAGCAAUGCCCGGCUGCAGUCCAAGAUUAACUUGAACAACCUACGAGACUUGGUGACAUAUAUCUUUGCAGACGGCACAGGACCGCAAUGGAUCGGCGUCUCUCACCGGCCGCACUUCCGGAAGAUUGUUGCCAUCAUGAUUCCCGGCCUGGAAGAGGCCAUGUUCAAGAAAAAUGUCGACUUGGCAACCUACAACGAGGCGAGAGACGACCCCGACGAGCGGCAGCAAGUUCUUACGUCUCCCGACGAUUACUACCCACGCGCUCUGAAGAAGGAGACAAUUCCUGUGCUUCUGGCCCCCUUUGCAGACAUGUUCCCUCACCUGUGGCCGGUGAAAACCCCCGGAGAUGACAAACAUGGCAAGAUGCACUCGCCCAUGGCUGCCUUUCUUACCGCCCCAGCCCCCAAGGAGAAGACGUCCAAGCAAGGAGGCGUGAAGCCAGCCUCGGAGCCCCAUGGAUGGAGGAACAACAGGACGCCCAUCACUCAAUUCUUGGCUACAGCCGAGGAGCUCUCUGAUAACGGAUACCUCCUUCACCCGGCCCUGCUACCGGACGGCGAACGCCGGGACAACUUCGUCGCACCAGAGGGCUGGGUGGUCACCAAGGUCGACAGCCUCGAAGAUGGCCAGGUGCCGGACGCCGAGAUCCAAAAGGGCAGCAUGACAGCUGGGCGGGAGGUCCUCGCCCUAGACUGCGAGAUGUGCAUGACGGGCGAGAACGAGUUCGCCCUCACGCGCAUCAGCAUCGUCAGCUGGGACGGCAGCGUUGUCCUCGACGAGCUCGUCAAGCCCGACAAGCCCAUCACCGACUACGUCACACGCUUCUCCGGCAUCACAGAGGAGAUGCUGGCCCCGGUAACCACCACCCUGCGCGACAUCCAGGCCAAGCUCCUCGACCUCCUUCACCCACGUACCAUCCUCCUGGGCCACUCGCUCGAAUCCGACACCAAAGCCAUCCAGAUCGCACACCCCUUCAUCGUCGACACAUCCAUGCUGUAUCCGCACCCGCGCGGUCCCCCGCUCAAAUCGUCCCUCAAGUACCUCGCCCAGAAGUAUCUCUCGCGGGAGAUCCAAAAAGGCGGCGCCGAAGGCCACAACAGCAUCGAGGACGCCAAGACCUGCCUCGAUCUCGUCAAGCAAAAGUGCGAAAAGGGAAAGCUCUGGGGCACCUCCGACGCCCAGGGGGAGAACCUCUUCCGCCGCCUCGCCCGCGCUGGUACCGCGUACAAGGCCCAGGGAGGCGACGCGGCCCUUGGCGGCGUCGAGGUUGGCAAGACGAGCGCCGCAAUCGACUGGGGCGAUCCGUCCAAGGGCCUCGGCGCAGGAGCAACCUACCAGCUUGGCUGCAGGUCCGACGAGGACGUGACGCGAAACGUGAUACGCGCCGUCAACGGCGACCCCGACGGGCUGGAAAUCAAAGGCGGCGGCGUGGACUUUGUAUGGGCCCGGAUGCGGGAGCUCGAGGCCCUCCAGGGCUGGUGGAACAAGAACCGUGUCGAAAACACCAACAGCGACGGCGGACCACCCCAAGAUGCUGCCGAUGGCGAUGGCGGUGUCUCCGCGACGGCCGACGCCAACGCCACCACGUCGCCGCUCGAGCAGGCCUUGACAAGACUAACAGAGCGUCUUGUUCGGAUUCACGCCGCCCUGCCGCCCUGCACGGCCAUCAUUGUGUACAGUGGAUCGGGAGACCCUCGGAAGAUGUCGCAGCUGCAGCAGAUGCACGCCAAAUGGAGGAGGGAGUACAAUACUCCGGGCAAGAAGUGGGAUGAACUAAGUGUCAAGUGGACAGAUGUAGAGGACCAAGCUCUUAGGAGGGCCGCUCAAAAGGCAAGGUCAGGAAUUGCAUUUGUCUCGGUCAAGUAG